CGGUCAGCAUUUGCUUAUCUCCAACCACAAUGCGAAAAGAACAAUUCUUCUCGGGUAUAUGACACGUUUUUGUUGGCCGUAAUCGGACUAUUUCGUCAACAGUGUGAAAUAAACCGCGUUUGAUCACAUUUACUCAAUUAUUAGUGUUUGUAUCGGUCCGUAUUUGUUGCGCAGUAAAGCGACACCCACGGAAGUGACCAAGAUAGGAAGAAUUGACGACGUAUGUUGGCAUGACGCAAUGUCCUAGCGCCUGGCAACACGCACCGAGUGAAUCAUUGGGAAGUUGAGAGAUGGCUUUCCUAGUUUUCAUAUUGACUGUAAGACAAACAUGACUCUACAUCGGAUACACGUGAAACUAUCUCCUUUACGCUAGUACUCUUGUGUAUAUUACACAACCACCCGACCAUGAAGUUGCUCCACAAAGACAUUGAAAAAGAUAAUGCCGGCCAGGUGACUCUGAUGCCAGAGGAGGCGGAGGAUAUGUGGCACACCUACAACCUGCUGCAGGUGGGGGACAGCCUGAGAGCCUCCACUAUCAGGAAGGUGCAGACAGAGUCACCUACUGGAAGUGUGGGCAGCUCCAGAGUUCGCACUACUCUGACCUUAAGUGUGGAGACUAUCGACUUUGACUCUCAAGCCUGCCAGUUGAGAGUAAAGGGCACAAACCUAGAGGAGAACCAGUAUGUCAAGAUGGGGGCUUACCACACUAUCGAGCUUGAGCUUAACAGGAAGUUCACUCUGGCUAAAAAGAGCUGGGACAGUAUUGUACUCGAUAGAAUCGAGCAGGCAUGUGAUGCAACCCAGAAGGCAGAUGUGGCGGCCGUGGUAAUGCAGGAGGGUCUGGCCAACGUGGUGCUUGUGACCCCCGCCAUGACUCUGCUCCGUGCAAAGGUGGAGGUCACCAUUCCCCGCAAGAGAAGGGGAAGCUGCACUCAGCACGAGAAGGCGCUGGAGAGGUUCUAUGAGGCUGUGAUGCAGGCAAUUCUUCGCCACAUUAAUUUUGAUGUUGUGAAGUGCAUCCUUGUCGCCAGUCCAGGGUUUGUGAAGGACCAGUUCAUCACCUACCUCUAUAGAGAGGCGGUGCGUCAGGACAACAAAAUCCUGCUGGAGAAUCGACCCAAAUUCAUGCUGGUCCACUCGUCAUCAGGUCACAAGUACUCACUCAAAGAAAUCCUUUCUGACCCCACUGUGACAAGUAGACUUUCUGAUACCAAGGCAGCUGGGGAGGUGAAAAUCCUCGAUGAUUUUUACAAGAUGCUCCAGCAUGAGCCUGACCGAGCCUUCUAUGGACUGGCUCAUGUGGAGAAAGCUGCCGAAGCCCUCGCCAUUGACACCUUGUUGAUAAGCGAUAAGCUGUUCAGACAUCAGGAAAUCCCCAUGAGGAGUCGUUACGUUCGGUUAGUGGACAGCGUGAGAGACAAUGGCGGCAAUGCCCGAAUAUUCUCAAGCCUUCACGUGUCUGGGGAACAACUGACUCAGCUGAGUGGAGUGGCUGCCAUCUUGCGUUUUCCCAUUGCCGACCUAUCAGAGACCGAGGACGACAGCAGCUCAGACGAAGACUGAUCCACAGAAAUGGAGCAAAGAGGAAGGUCGUCCAGUGCUGCAGAUAACACAAGCAUGCAUUGACUCAGUGUGUUGUAAAACAAUAAAUUGUGUGCAACAUCCACACCUCUAAAAUGUCUGAUCCACACACCUGCUUUCUGAAAGAGGCUGUACAUUUUAAUAAUCUAAUGACGUUUUUAGUGCUUUGAUGCUUUUGGUUUGAAGGUGACGGUGUGUUUAAAAGCAGAUAAGAAUGCCAAUGAAAAGGAUCCAACAUGUGUUACCAAGUCCAAAUGAAAGCAGUUCAAGUGUUGACAGUUAACGAUAGAAAAUUAUGAUUUUUUUCUUUUCAUUUUGUAUAUACAAUAUAUCUCUUGCAAUUAAACGGACAGAAUCCACA